AUGGAUAAACAUAGCAAUAGAGGCGUGGGGCGCGGCGCGUGGCGGCGGCGCGGGCGCGGGCGGCGCCAUGACGCGGCGCCCGCCACCAUGACGCUGCCGCCGCCCGCGCGCCCCGCGCACCCCGCCGCGCACCGCGCAAUGCGCUAUUACCGCAUCUGGAUCUACGCGUGCAACGGCGCGCUGCUGCUGGGGGCGCUGGCUUUCUGCGCGGCGGCGGGCCGCGCACUAUCAGACUACAGGCGUGCACUAGUGCCGGGUCUUGGUGCGGCACAGCCUGGCUUCCUAUACGGGUACGCAGCCCUGCCUGCGCAAGCUGGUCUCCUGCAACUUCUGGGUUGCCUUGCAGCACUGCGCCUUUCCGAGCGCAUGCUGAACGCCUAUUGGCUCGCUUUAUUAGCCCUUCUUGUUGGUGACGCCGCUAUCGGAGUCUAUUGGGCAUUUCGCUUCGAACGGGUCUGCCGAGAAUUACGACCCCAGCUUCGCAUCCGACUAGCUAAGGAUUACGAUACUGAUUUGGAUUUCUCUGAAGCUUGGGAUCGACUACAGAGGGAACAACGUUGUUGCGGCGUGACUGGUCCAGCCGAUUUCGCGGCCUUUAACCGUACGACUCUACCACCGAGUUGCUGCCGUAUCCCAGCUCACACAUCUGCUGUGACGCCAGCGUUGCUCGCUACCACCUCAGCCUCUUCUCCUGUGCCCUUUACAUCUGUGCAUUGCGCUCCACAUACCGCUGCUUGUGCGGAGCGCCUAUUAGUUUGGCUACGGCGGACAGCUGACGCAUUAUUUGUGCUAGGAUAUUGCGUGAUAGCAUUUUUAAAGUUGUGCUUCCUCGGAAUCCUCCGAUACGAAAUAAAGGAGAUGAUUCAAAAAAUUAGAAUAUUACGUAGCGAAAUGGGUGCAGGAGAACUGCUGGAAGGCAGCCCUAUUCACGGCGGACCACUGUCGCAAACUGUGAUAGUCAAUGCUGUGAAUGCGAAUGGUGGUGUACGCACACAUGGUGGUAGUCCCGAGCGGGCGGGUGAGCGUGAAGCGUUAUUGGGGCGAGCGUCGGAGGCAUGUUCAAGACGCGGUACUCACGAUGAGCCUCUCGGACCAAAGACUGUCAACGGCAACAACAACUGUGAGAUGCGAGAGUUGGCACGAGGCGAAUACAGGCCGCUAGCGGUUGACAGUGCUGCGACUAGGAUCUGACUAAGAUGUUACCUGGAGCGGUUGUUCGGGCGGCGCUGGCGGUCGUUCCCGGCCGCCGGAUUUGAGUCAGAGCUACCGGUGACGAGGGGUGCACCCGUGUGCAUACGUCGCACGGGCGCGCGUGUCCGCCUAGAUCACCGACGCCACACCCGCUCCGAAUUCGAGCUAUAAGUCUACGAUGCGAUCCGCUAAAUCACAAAGAAGUUGUGUUUAUACCAGCUGUCAAUUCCGAAUGCCGUUUGGCAAUUUGACUGUUAUAUUUAUUUAUAGUGGUAGUUCAGACUGUACUGACAAAAAGCAUUAGUGCUAGAGUGAUGUAAAAGAAGAAUGUUUUGAAUUGUGAGAUGAAAAAUAGACGUGAAGUGUGUAGUGUGCAUAAUUUAGACAAUGUGCAAUUCCACGAGCAUAGCUUGUGUUUAGUUCCUACGCUUGGCAGUUAAAAAGUUACUUUAUUAAUAGGACAAAGUUUAUUUAAAUUUUGUGUUAUGAUGCCAAACAGGGAGACGGCAUAGACGUUAAAGAGUCAGAUAAGUGAGGUAAUGCAGGUGCGAAAAUGGACUAUAUUACGGUGAAAUACCACCAAUAAGAGGUUCUUCAACGCCCCGUGUAUCUAAAAGCGGUGGCUAUUAUCAUGUAGGACCGUAAUAACAAUUUAUUGAAUGUUAACUAUAUUAUUUUAGCAGUAAGUUCAAGCAGCUUUUUAUUGAAAUACCAAUAGACUUAUGGACAUACCAAUAUACGUAAGGACGAUCAAAUAGCCUAUGUACGAAAUUAAUUACAUUUGCGUAAUAAGUGCUUAAAUAGUCUCCUUAUCUGAUCAUAUCCCGACAUUUAUUCAGAUUUCUAUUUUCUGUGUUGAAAUAUUUAGAUUCCCACUAUCUUGAUUGAUUUAGUUAGACAUCUAUUGACUGUGCACACUUACUCCACUCAGAUUUAAUAGAUAUAGUUUUAGAAGUUCCAUCAAUUUACUAUAAAAAAAAAUCAUUGAAUCCUUUAAAAAAUCCCCCAAGUUCCUGAAGCUCUAAAUGAUUUAGUUACAGAAGUUAAAUGAACGAUGAUGGUUCUAAGUAUGUUAUUUUAGAAUUAGUAAAUAAAUAUAAACGGAUUCGGUAAAUGUAAAUAAUAUUAUAAAAUUUGUAUAUGUGUAGUAAGCGAGUAACUGCAUGGACAGACGAACAAAAAUAAAUAGUACUGAUAUGAGCUUAUCGACGUAGUGCCUACAAUUAUAUGCUUGUAACAAUAUAACGCAAACGAAUACAUAUUUCGUUUAAAUGCAGAUGAAUUUAAAUGUUUCGUAUAGACACUUUAUCAUUGGAUACAUGCGUUUUGAUCGAGAGAAUAGUAUCUUUAGCAAGAAAAUUAAUGAGUGCGAAACGAUUUCUUAUAGUUUAUUUACACUGGGCGAUGGCAGCAUACGAAAUACGAGUGACUCCUGCGCGUUCAUCUCAUUGGUCAGUAAAUAUGACCGACUAAAAAUUAAAGCGAUGAACAGAAAUCAUCCGAACACCGGAGCUGAUGUCAUUGACCAAAGUAAAUAGUCUAAUAUAUAUACACUCCAUUUUUGAAGCAUGUCACACCGUAUAUUGUACCGAUAUCCACAUAGCGCCAUCUACCUCCAAGAAUGGAACAGAUCCAAUACAAAAAUUUAAGAUUUGUGCUGGAUACGAAUUAGUUUGGCAUUCAAUGAUUUUUCAUACUAAAGGUAAUAAGUAUUGCUAUACUAGAUAGACAGAGAUUUAGCAAUGGGGUUAGAUUGCGCCCGAUAUUACUAUGGAAUGUAGGUGAAUAUUAAUGGCUGUGUGAAGUAAUGGUAAACCAAUGUAAGCGUAUGUUGAGUGCGCAGUUUAUAAGAACAGUGGUUCAAUGAAAGAUAAUUAUACUUGCUGUACGAUCAAUUUAAUGUUUGAAUACCUACAUACAUAUUUGUACUUAAUACGAAGUAACUUUAUAGAAUAUAUUGUAAUAACGUUUAUUAUGUUCGCUUAGAGUAGGUAUAAUAUUUUGUGAAUUUAUGCAGAAAGAUAGUUUUUUAAUAUUGUUGUCACAUGAAUGUACCAAUCUUAUUGAAACAUUUGUACCUAUAUUCGGAAAGUUGAAUAAUUUGUAGUUAGGAUCCAAUCUAAAUCCUGAAUUUCUUCCAAAAAAAAAAUGACGGUAAAAUAACAUGUGCCUUGGCUUAUAAAAAUCGUAUAACUGAUGUUAUGUUUAUUGUAAACUAAACGAUAUAAAAUAAAAAUAUUACUACUCGUCUCUAAUGUGCUACCUGAUCCUUCAGAUAAUUAAUUUGAUCUUAACCUUAAUCUAUGGUAUUAAAAACCUUCCUUACUCGACAAGGAGGUUUAUUAAAACUUUAUGUCUAGUAUGUUUUGGAAGUACACUACAAUAAUCUGUGUCUUCUCGUACGUAGUUUCUGCAAUUAUUAUGACGAAUGGUCUAUCAAACUUUUGGCACAGUUUUUGGCGAAACUUCGUCAUAAAGUGAGCGUAUCUACGAGAAUUACGGUCAUAGUACCGACGAUGUUAGAUCUCGAAAGUUUCUAAUGUUCCACUGUCAAUAUUAGUUUUAUGUGUUCAUUGUUACGUGUGGUUAUUACUGUAGUAGAGUUGUUACAACUUUCCGAAGGUACGCACUAGGCGACUGAGAGCUAAUACUAUCAUAAUAAAUGCAUUAAAUAAAGAGUUUGU